AUCUUGGUUUUCGUGCCAUGCCAAAGCAGCUCGGAUCAACUAUUUUUCUCUUGGAACUCAAAUGCAGCAUUGCUGAUGACGUUGCUGAAGGGAAAUAAACAUGGCGUCCGGACAGCAGUGGGUGUUGGUGGAAAUGGUGCAAGCAUUUUAUGAGGCUCCUGCUUAUCAUCUGAUUCUGGAAGGGAUCCUCAUACUGUGGAUCAUUAGACUUCUGUUCUCCAAGACCUACAAGCUUCAUGAGACCUAUAAACUGACAGAGAAGGAAAAAGAGGACCUGAUUGAGGAGUGGCAGCCAGAGCCCCUUGCCCCUCCUGUUUCCAAAGACCAUCUCCACCUGAACUAUGACUUGGUCACAGGACCUCCCAGCCACAAAAUCAUACUCAACGGAAAAGAGUGCAUUAACUUCGCAUCAUUUAACUUCCUGGGUCUCCUCGACCAUGAGCGGGUUAAGGAAAAAGCUUUGGCAUCACUGAAGAAAUAUGGUGUGGGAACUUGUGGUCCGAGAGGCUUCUAUGGAACUUUUGAUGUUCACCUGGAGCUGGAGAGUCGUCUGGCCAAAUUCAUGAAAGCAGAAGAGGCUAUCAUCUAUUCCUAUGGCUUUGCAACCAUUGCUAGUGCAAUCCCUGCUUACUCAAAAAGAGGGGACAUCAUCUUUGUGGAUGAAGCAGCCUGCUUCUCCAUCCAGAAGGGUCUUCAAGCAUCCCGUAGCUUCAUCAAAUACUUCAAACACAAUGACAUGGACGAUCUGGAGAGGCUGCUCAAAGAGCAGGAGCUGGAAGACCAGAAGAAUCCUCGUAAAGCUCGGGUGAUCCGGAAGUUCAUUGUAGUGGAGGGACUGUACAUCAACACUGCAGAUAUCUGUCCUCUCCCUGAAUUGGUGAAUCUGAAGUACAAGUACAAGGUGCGGAUCUUUCUGGAAGAGAGCAUGUCUUUCGGUGUACUGGGCGAACAUGGCAGAGGAGUCACAGAACACUAUGGGGUCAAUAUAGAUGACAUUGACCUGAUCAGUGCUAACAUGGAGAAUGCUGUGGCCUCUGUUGGAGGUUUCUGCUGUGGACGGUCCUUUGUCAUCGACCAUCAGCGUCUGUCAGGCCAGGGAUACUGUUUCUCAGCAUCUUUGCCUCCCAUGCUGGCUGCUGCUGCCAUUGAGGCCCUCAACAUCAUGGAGGAGGAUCCAGAUAUUUUCACUGUUCUGAGGGAAAAGUGCAAACAUGUUUACAAGGCUUUACAGGGAACUACAGGUCUGAAGCUAGUGGGAGAACCAUUUGCCCCGGCUCUUCAUUUACAGCUUGAGAGAAGUUCCGGCUCCAGAGACUCUGACAUGCAGCUGCUCCGCUCCAUUGUAGACUAUUGUAUGGAAAGACAUGUAGCUCUGACCCUCGCUCGUUACCUGGAAAAAGAAGAGCGUUUCCUGCCCCCACCAAGUAUCAGAGUGGUGGUCACUAUCAAACAGGAGGAGGAGGACAUCCAGAAGGCCGUGUCAUGUAUCAAAGAGGCAGCUUCAGUUAUCCUAAAAUGACAAUGUGUUGUUUGAAACAAAGCAAUACAUCACUGGAGCUUUUGCACUGGACUGGGUAGUACAUCACUGUGGGAGGAUCACUCCAAGCAGAUGCUUUUUAUCCACAGACUGUAAGCCCUGCACACUGAUUGUCUUAUUAGAAUUUUUAUGAAAAAUUUACACGUUAUAUUUUCUUCUAGUCUUGGUUUUGUUUCUCUCUUAAUAAAUAUCUGUGCUCUCUUUUAGUGUGUGCUUUAAUCAGACUACAUGUACUACAUUUUGUAUAUUUUUGCAAAUUUAAGUGUGGACCUUUACCAGAAUUUUGCAGUUGGCGUUUGUCUUGGCCCCCAGUCACUAUUGAAGAAAAACAACUUAAGUGACAACUAGAUUUCCACAGACAAAAAUGACGUGUUGUCAUAUACGGACCAAAGAGAAAACAAUGUGCUCCUUGCUUUGUUUAAUAUGUCUGAAUCCUACCAGCACAUGAACUGUACAGAAAGGUUGAGAUCUUGUGUGCCUCGGGUCAUUUCGCCAUACCUGACCAUGCCAACACCUGUGUGUACAAACGAAGACGGAAAUAUGUAUACGCAUUUUAUUCUUCAGAUUUAUAAAGCUCUGUGUACACCUGAUCAUGAUUUGUAUUAUAAAUUUCAGUAAAUGUGGAAGCAGUGCACAUGCUUGAGCUUCUUUUGUACACCUCCCCAUUAUACAUAAAUAGAUAUAGAAAUUGCAUCAAACAACCAUUUGCAUAAUGAUACUUAUAACCCCCGCAGAUGUUCCUGCAGAUAAUAAUUAUGGUAAUAUUUAAAUACUCAUCAAUAUUAAAUUUUAAAAGCAUGGUCAGUGAUUCAUCUAGAGAGCUUAUAUUAAAACAGACUUACAUAUACAAAGUGCUUCACAAUUCAGGGUCAAAUGAAAAGAUCAUAAACAGGGACAUUUGCAAUGUAAAUAGAACAAUAAACUUUGUCACUCAAAUUGUUAAGUUGUUAAGUUUAGAAAUGCCGCCUGAGGGACAUUUUACAGAUUUCUGUCUACAUCGAAAAAAUAACACUGCCAGUGAAAUUGGCAGACCAUGUCCACCUCAUCUUUUUACCUUCAGCUAUCUUAAAGAAAAACGUGUGUAAGCAUGUUUUGAAGCAUGGUUCAGGUACACACAUUCUCACUACAGAUCUUCCUUUAAAAGAUAACGGUUUAUGUGUUAAAAAAAA